UUAAUCACCAUUAUUUUAGCAUUCCGAAAUGAAGAUGCAUUUACUUCUGAAGUUCUUUUUGCUAGAUUUGAUCCUUUUGUCUCAAAUCCGUGGGCAGAAAGCUUGUUUGGAGGAGGAGAGGUUGGGUCUGCUAGAUUUGAAGUCCUUUGCUAAUAAAUUUCAUAGCGAUCAUUCAGACCUCAUCUUCCCUUCAUGGGUUGAUGACCCAGAGAGUGACUGCUGUGUUUGGCAGAGAGGCACCUGCAACUCCACCACAGGACGCGUGAUUCAACUCUCCCUCUAUAAUGAAACGCGAUAUGCUAUGAAUUAUUGUCCUAGACCAUCUUUUUGGAAUCAUGAUAAAUCAGAGCCGUUGCUUUGGAACAUUUCCUUAUUCCAGCGUUUUAAAGAGCUAAGAACUCUCGACCUAUCUUACAAUGAAAUCGACGGUUGGAUGCAGAACCAAGGUUCUGAAGGCUUCUUGAGGCUAGAGCUGCUGGAGACAUUGGACCUUACUUGCAACAAUUUAGGAAAUAAUACCCUACAAUCUUUGAGGAAACUCACAUCUCUUAAGAAUCUGAUUCUUCGUAGCAAUCUCUUGGAAGGAUCUUUCCCUGUUGAAGAACUAUCGGUUCUUGAAAGCCUGGAGACAUUGGAUUUAAGUCAGAAUUUCGUUAAUGGCUUCCCAAGGAUGCUCGUCAUGGUUCGUUUGUAUUUGAGAAGAGAUGCGGAACGACGAAAAAGACUAUUAGCUAUGUUUAAAUUUUAUAUGGAGAUUUGUCGUGCUGUUAGUUCAUUCUUGACCUUAUUGUCUGCAGCAUCGACUUUAUGUACUUAUAGGCCAAGAGUAAGAUCUUAUGCAUUAGAUUUUGCUACAAAUCGAGAGUAUGUGAGGCGACUUGUGUAUGAUAAUGAUAUUUCAUGUAUUUCACAAAUUAGGAUGAAUAGGGUUACUUUUUUAAAAUUAUGUGAAAUGUUAGAAAGUAUUGGAGGGUUGAAGUCAACAAAGAACAUGCUUGUAGAUGAGCAAGUUGCAAUAUUCUUACAUAUUAUUGCUCAUCAUGUUAAGAAUCGAGUAAUUAGUUUAAAUUUUAGAAGGUCGGGUGAGUCAAUUAGUCGGCACUUUCAUAAUGUUUUGGCUGCAGUCUUGAAAUUGCAAGAACAUUUGUUUAGAAAACCUGAGCCCAUUCCAACAAACUCAACAGACAAUCGGUGGAAGUGGUUUAAGAAUUGUUUAGGUGCUCUAGAUGGGACAUACAUCAGAGUUAAGGUGCCAAGUGCAGAUAAACCUAGAUAUCGCACUCGUAAAGGGAAUAUUGCAACAAAUAUGUUAGGUGUAUGUACACCUGACAUGCAAUUUGUCUUUGUUCUUCCUGGUUGGGAAGGGUCUGUAGCUGAUGGCAGAGUUCUUCGAGAUGCACUAAGGAGAAGAAAUGGACUUAAAGUGCCUAAUGGUUGUUACUAUCUAGUUGAUGCGGGCUAUACAAAUUGUGAGGGCUUUCUUGCACCUUAUAGGGGUCAACGAUACCAUUUGAAUGAAUGGCGUCAAGGCCAUGAACCAAGCAGUCCUGAAGAAUUUUUUAAUAUGAAACAUGCUGCUGCUCGCAAUGUUAUAGAGAGAUGUUUUGGGUUAUUGAAAAUGAGAUGGGGUAUUCUUAGGAGUCCAUCAUUUUAUCCGAUUAGGAUACAUAAUAGGAUUAUUAUAGCUUGUUGUUUGCUUCAUAAUUUUAUUAGGAGGGAGAUGAGUUUUGACCCUAUUGAAAUGGAUUUAGGGGAAUAUGUUGAAACCAACAUAGCAGUUGAUGAGGAUUUUAUAAGUACUAUUGAUCCUACUGAUGUUUGGGGUAAUUUCAGAAUGGAAUUAGCAAAUCAGAUGUUCAAUGAAUGGCAAGCAUCUAGGCAAAAUGAUGAUUGACAUUUGUUAGGCAUAUUGAUACUGAAGGACUAUUGCUGGGUUUCUUUCCUUUGCCAGUUCAAGUUGUACUUUUUUAAAAAUUUGUUCUUAACGUGUUAUUGUUUUGUCAAUUGUUGUUGUUAAUUGUGUUGUUUAUAUUGUACUUUUUAUCAUGUGAAUAAAGUUUGAGUAGUUUUAAUA